UUAUUUUGAUUUGUUCAUUGCAAUUUCAUAAGCAUCAAUGCACUAAUUCUUUGCCUGGACAAAGUUGAUGAUGGAUUCAGUUUAUUUAAAGAAACUUUUACUAAAAAGUUCUGAAGCAGACUGCAAAAGGCAUAUUUAUCUACAUAAUUUCGAGGAACCGGCUGCGGAAUUAGAUAUUCCACUAAAUGACUUCCGUGCAGAGUGUAAAAAUGUAUUAACCAGUGAUAUCGGGUUGCCAAGCUUUGAAGUAGAACUGGAUGGUGAAAAGAAAAUUCUCAUUGUAAAUAAAAAUGACGGAUUCUGCAUUAGGUAUCUGGAAGUAAAGUUAACUGAAGCUGAUAAAAAUUAUGAAAUGUUGGAUAUUGCCCUAAAUUUGAUCGCCACAGGAAGGGUUGAAAGCGAGAACCAGAGGACAAAUGAGGCAUUAUCGAAUCUUGUGGAAGACGUUGAAAAAGUUGUGCAAGAGAAAGAAGAGUGGAAGCAGAAAAUGCUAAGGAAAUUUCUUGUUGUUUUGAAUACCAAAAAAGAAAAAAUUUCCAUUCUGCAGAAAAAGUUAGAAAACAUGGAAAACAGAAUGAAGCGAACGCAAGAUGUGAAUGCGGAAGUUGAUGGGAACGGGAGUAUAGGUGAACGAAUGGAGCAAGAUGCGGAGGAGGAUUCAAAUUCAGAUGCACUGGCCAGUUGCAAUGAACAGAGUGAUUUUGACGCCCCCACACAACGCCUGACUCCACAAAUUACUCGGCGUACGGAUGAAAUGUAGUUUUUUUCAGUAUUCUAGGAAACUGACAUUCCCAGAACUUAAAAAAAAUGUACAUAAGUUAUGCUUGUAGAUGUCUGUUUUUAUACUCUUACAAUUAAUUCAUCUAAGAUUUUGAAAAACAUAAAAUUUGAUAUCUUAAAAACUAUUGAAAAUUUGAUCUUUA